AAACGCCCGCGGCUGGAGGAAGAGGAGCAAAUCUCAAGUUGGCCCCUGCCUGGGCCCGGUGUGGGGCGAGGACGUCACCAGGUUUUUCUCACUGGAUCUCUGAAUAUCCAGCCUCCCCCCCCAUCAUGGCCAGCCGGGGUGGGGGCCGGGGUCGUGGCCGAGGCCAGUUGACUUUCAACAUGGAGGCUGUGGGCAUUGGGAAAGGGGAUGCUCUGCCCCCACCCACUCUCCAGCCUUCGCCACUCUUUCCACCCUUGGAAUUCCGCCCAGUGCCUCUGCCCUCAGGAGAGGAGGGGGAAUAUGUCCUGGCAUUGAAGCAGGAGCUGCGUGGAGCCAUGCGGCAGCUCCCCUACUUCAUACGGCCAGCUGUCCCCAAGAGAGAUGUGGAGCGUUACUCAGACAAAUAUCAGAUGUCAGGACCAAUUGACAAUGCCCUUGACUGGAGCCCGGAUUGGCGGCGUCUACCACGGGAGCUAAAGAUUCGAGUGCGAAAGCUACAGAAAGAGCGCACCACCAUUCUACUCCCCAAGAGGCCCCCGAAGACUGUGGCAGACAAGGAAGAAACAAUACAGAAACUAGAAACCCUGGAGAAGAAAGAGGAAGAAGUGACCUCAGAGGAAGAUGAGGAGAAAGAAGAAGAAGAAGAAAAGGAGGAAGAAGAGGAAGAGGAGUAUGAUGAAGAAGAACAUGAAGAGGAAACUGACUACAUCAUGUCAUAUUUUGAUAAUGGAGAGGACUUCGGGGGUGACAGUGAUGACAAUAUGGAUGAGGCCAUAUACUGAAGAAAGGCCCCUAGCAAUAUCUCAGGCUCUUAGAUCACUCUUGAUGUGGGAUAUAGAGAUUGUCCCUACAAUUUAGUUUAAUGGACAAUGAAAAACAAAAACAAGAAAUUGUUUGGUCCCUGAAACUGAAGCUAGGAAUAGAGAAUUGUGGCAGAUAGCUUUCUUUCCUACCUGCCUGCUCCCCCCAUCUUUAUAUAGCUUCUGAUAUCUUGCAGAAAGGGGAAAAGACUAAUGUCUUUAAAAUAAAAUAGAAGAAAGGAGAAAGAGUAAUGGGCUAUUGAAGCUGAGACCACCAUGUACAUAUGUAUAUCCCUACCCAGGUUUUACAGGUCACUGUGAAUUUAAUUGGGGGUGAAAGCACUUAGGAUGAGUAUGUUUCACAUUUUUUAAUAAAGUGUUUUUUUAUCUGUC